AUGUCCGCAAAGGAUUUCGGUGCUGCCAUUGCCGCAUACACGCAGGCCAUCCAGCUCAAUCCCAACAGCGCAGUGUACUUUAGCAACAGGAGCGCCGCUUACUCUCAACUAGGUCAGCACGACAAGUCCAUCGAGGAUGCAAAGGAGGCCAGUCGGGUGGAUCCCAAAUUCGCAAAGGCUUACAGCAGGCUGGGACACGCCCUCUUUUCCACCUCCAAAUUUCAAGAGGCAGCUGAAGCCUACACCAAGGGUCUCGAGCUGGAUCCCAACAAUCAGUCGAUGAGGAGCGGAUUGGAGAUUGCUCGCAAGCACGCUCAGGAUGCUCAGGAUGCUCAGGAUGCACCGGGAUCUCCCUCUGCCAGAUCCGCCCCCGCUGGUGCAGGCGGUGGGGCCGGAGGUGGUUUGGACUUUGGUGCGCUCGCAAACAUGAUGGGUGGUGCUGGCGGUGGUGGUGGUGGUGGGGGUGGCAUGCCAGACAUUGGAGCGUGAGUGCAGCAUGGCUCUCUGUGCUUGCAUGAUGUUCAGCGCUGACGGGCACGUUCAUGCGAUGCUUGCAGGUUGUUGCAAAAUCCAGCAAUCAUGCAGAUGGCCCAGCAGAUGAUGCAGAAUGGAGGCCUGGAGGGUUUGAUGAACAACCCGAUGCUCAGGAACAUGAUGGGAGGUGGAGGUGGCGGUAUGCCAGAGUAAGUCUGGUGGGAUUGUGCAGAGUGUACAAGAAGAGGCAAGUCGCUGACUUGAGGGACUCGCUUUGCACCACAGCAUCAACGCACUCAUGCAGAAUCCGCAAAUGGCAGAGUGAGCGCCAUCUGACCAGCGUCGCGUUAGGACAUUCGCUGACGUCCAUACCACCGCUGACUGCUUGCAGAAUGGCACGAAACUUGAUGGGCGGUGGAGCUGGACGUGGUCAAGGAGGCAGCGGCAACCCUAA